AUGGUUGAUCAGACUGAGACAACAGCCGGGUCAUCCUCCUCUCAGAGCGUUCCAUACCUAUCUGCUACUGAAGCAGUAGAUGAUAUCACCAAGCAAGAAGACCUAGUUAUGAAUGAAGAGCUUCCACACACCGCCGAGACCCGUGAAGACUCUCCUCUAUCUCUCUUUGGGCCAUUCGCGCAACCAACAAGUGGCCUUCUGUCUACUCCUCUGACCUCCUCACCUUACCCAGAAGAGGAACAUAUAAGUGAGGACGUGCCGGAAAUCACUGGCUCCCUGGCUCACAUACCCGAUCCUUACCCAUUAAUCGGUAUUUCGGCUCAUCUGACCCUCUACUCUAACGGACAUAGCUUUUACCACGAUCGCGACAUGGACGAGCAAGAGGACGUCGAGGAGCUCCUCGACCACCCGGCGCCUUUCGUGCCUGAAUCGGCCAAUGACGACACCGAUGACGGCUGGCAAGAGGACCAGUGGAUGGAACCUCCAGAUGGUAAUGGUAGCUUGAUUGAAAUCACCGAGCUUUCUGGUUUCGAGCUUGAUAGGCUUCCACACGACAGAGUGGGCACGGGCCCUGGGUCCAUCUCUACCAACUCCGAAAAGGAUAGCAACGAUGCCACCGAGGGGUUUUAUCCCUCUGACGAUGAAGACUCGUGCCGCGACACCGAGAGUAUAUGUGGCAAUGUCUCUUCUUUACCAUCCACUCAGCAAGAACAACUAAGCACAAACAAUGAUAUCAGCAACAACCCUAAUAAUACCGCUAUCGGUCCUAUUACCCCGCCAGUUGAGCAGGCUGAGUUCCCUCCAAUAGAGCUUCUCCAAUUUGCCUUACCAGAUCCUGGAGAUCACUAUUUCGAUCCAUCCGGGGUUGACUCUGAUAUGGCAGACAUAUCUAUGCACACCGAGAUACUUAACCAAGUAUUUGCAUGCAACCUGGCUGCUGUCUGGCCAGUGUGA